AUGGUGCUCUCCGACUUGUGGAAAGAGUGGGCUGUGGGGGCGCGGAAGGCGGCUGCAGAGGGGUUUGCCACGCUGGUACUCGAUGCGGCUUGGUGGAAGACUGCAGAGUUCCUCUCGAAGCCCAUGAAGCUCCCCUUCAUGGCGAUGCGGGAGACGUAUGGGAGCGCUAAGGGGAUGAUGGGGCGCAUUUAUGACAUAAUGCUCCAACUUACCGAGGAUGUGAGGGACCUUGUCGACGUGGAUGAGGAGCAGUUGAGCAACACCGACAAGCAGCAGAUCCGCCGCAUCUUGAAAAACAGGUGGGACGGGAGUCUUGCGUGCGUCAUGCACGCGGCGGGACGCAUCCUCAACCCCGCCAACCAAGAGGACAUAUUCGGCGGUAAUCCUGAAUGCACUAGGAUCUUUAAGGCCUUCAUCUCCAACCAUGCAGAGUUCCUCAACAGCCAUGGGAAGGAGGGGGAUGAUGAGUGCGAUUAUUUGCUCACCUUGGGGGACCAGUUGAGGUCUUUCCUUGAUGUCAAAGGGAGUUUCGGGAUGGCUGACGCUAUUGCACCAAGGGAGAAGGUAAAGGCGGGCACUCACAGCAUGGUUAAGUGGUGGCAGUGGAACGGGACAGAUGCGCCGCAGCUGGCGGCACUCGCCGUUAGAGUUCUCUCGCUGCCCGUCUCGGCAUCUCUCUGCACGGACAGCCAACGUGCUGACGUGACACGGCCAGAGUGGAGGCAAGCUCUGGGUCUGGAGGAAAACGUGGAUUCGAACUGCAGCAAGCGGGGUGGUCUCCGCGGGGUGGAUUCUUUUGAGAAUUCUCAAAAGCGACAGGGCCAGAGUGGAGGCAAGCUCUGGGUCUGGAGGCUUUCAAGCAGGAAGGUGCGUGGGUGGGUUGCAGCUGUGGGUGGGGGAGGCGGGCGGGAGUGUGGGCAAGGUGUAAUGGGGCGAGUGAGUGCGUUCAAGCUCUGGAGGCAUUCAGGCAGGGAGAGGUCAUUCGGUCCGUGGGGCAGGACGUGUGGGGAGAGGUGCUUGUAUCCACCAACGUGGCAGCACGCGGUGUUGAAACCUGUUGCUCCCUCUUUCCCUCUCUUACCUGCACCCUUAACCCCUCACAGCUACACCCUAAGCAUCUCUCCUCUCCUCUCUCUCCCCCCACCCCCCAAUCAGGUCCUAGUAUCCACCAACGUAGCAGCACGUGGUGUUGACAUUCCCAACCUCCCCUUUGUGGUGAAUUUCGACCCGCCGGGCAGCCCGCAGGAAUACUUGCAUCGCAUUGGCCGAACGGGUCGGGCAGGGGCAUCUGGAACUGCAAUCAGCUUCUUAGAGCCUCUUGAUGAAGAGUCAUCCAGUGGGGGAGGAAGAGCUUUUGGUGGGGAGUUGCGCAAGUCCUCUCAUGGAGCCAAUAUUCCAGACUGGAUGGUCGAAGCCCAGAAGCUCCUUGGUCAGAGUAUUGAG